AUGCCGCAGAACGAGUAUAUUGAGCGCCAUCGCAAGUUGUAUGGUCGCAGACUUGAUUAUGAAGAAAGAAAAAGAAAGAAGGAGGCCAGAGAGCCCCACAAAAGAGCGCAAGUAGCCCGAAGUCUUCGCGGUAUUAAAGCCAAGAUCUUUAACAAAGAACGCAGAAAUGAAAAGAUUCAGAUGAAAAAGAAAAUCAAGGCUCAUGAAGAGAAGAAAAUCAAGAAAACGACAGAAAAGGUCUCUGAGGGUGCCUUGCCUGUUUAUUUAUUGGACCGUGAUGUACAAUCUAGAGCUAAAGUUUUGUCUAAUAUGAUUAAACAAAAACGUAAAGAGAAAGCUGGUAAAUGGGAUGUGCCGAUUCCAAAAGUGAGGGCCCAAGCAGAUGCUGAGGUAUUAAAAGUCAUUAAAUCUGGAAAAACUAAAAGGAAAGCGUGGAAGAGAAUGGUAACUAAAGUUACAUUUGUUGGAGAGGGAUUCACGAGGAAGCCUCCAAAAUUCGAAAGAUUCAUCAGACCAAUGGCACUUCGAUUCAAGAAGGCUCAUGUUACUCAUCCAGAACUUAAAGCAACCUUCUGUUUACCUAUCAUCGAUGUUAAGAAGAAUCCUAGUUCACCGAUGUUCACAAGUUUAGGUGUUAUUACUAAGGGUACAGUUAUAGAAGUCAAUAUUUCAGAAUUGGGUUUAGUUACUCAAGCUGGUAAAGUUGUAUGGGGAAAAUACGCCCAGGUUACCAACAAUCCAGAAAAUGAUGGAUGUAUUAAUGCUGUGCUUUUAGUUUAA